GUCAUGUCUAGCUAGCUCCCGUCAAUGCAGAUUCAUCUCAUGACGAAGUGAGGUGACGGCCAAUGCAUCACGACAUUGGCUGUCUAAUGAUGCAACUUGAGACCCAUUGCUGGGAAUCGGUAAUCAGCUAUCGGACGCUCCAUCUGUUCCGUUCCGUCUGUCGCAAUUCACUCAAAUAUUGGGCCCCUCUCAACCUGCCAGCUAGUCUUUAUAUGUAACCAGGGAGAGAGAGAACCGGCCAAGCCCUCAAGUUUCAAAACAUUCACGAACCCCGCCUCGCAGCUAGACAGACCAGAGACACAUAUCGCCUACAUUGCCAUCCACCGCCAUGUCCACCGCCGCCCCCAGGAUCAAGCUGUACACUAACCACAGGUGCCCUUGGGCUCAACGUGUACACAUCGCCCUCGCCGAGCUCGGCCUCCCCUUCGAGGAGGAGAUCGUCGACCUCUCGGUGCCCCGCACGCAGGAGUACCUCAAGAUCAACCCGCGCGGCCUGGUCCCGUCGCUCUCGUACGACGGCGAGAUCGUGACCGAGUCCGCCAUCGUCAGCCAGUUCCUCGCCGACGCGCACCCCUCGCACCUCCUCCCCGCCGCGGGCUCCAAGGACGCCGCCCUCCGCCGGGCGCGCGUCAACUUCUUCGUCGACACCUUCUUCAGCAAGGCCAACUCGCUGCUGCUCAAGAUGCAGCUUGCCGGUUCCGACGCCGAGGUUCAGGAGUUCGCUGCGAACUACGUCGACGUCAUCGCGAAGGAGAUCGAGCCGCUCCUGAAGGACGCCGCGCCCUACUUUGGCGGAAGCGAUAAGGUCACCUUGGCCGAGGUUCUCACCGGCUCCUUUACCCUAAGGCUCGUCAGCUUCGCAAAGCACGGCCUCAUCCCGGAGAGCGUCCUCAGUUCCCUGGAGCAGAAGGCCCCCAACUUCUACAAGUGGGCUCAGGCAGUGAACAACACGCCCAGCGUCAAUGGAAUCUACGACGAGGAGAAGGUCGUCGAGCUUACGAAGCAAAGACUGGCCAACAUGAAGGCUGCGAAAGUUUGAAAAGAGGAACCUCGGCCCCCCCCCCCCCCCCC